AUGCGGGACAGUGUCAGUAGUCGCCGCAAGAUCACCCUGCUGGCCUCCAAGGGUCACUACGCGCAGGCGCAGGAGGCCGAUGAGGCAAGGCAGCGCCGGAUCGAGGAAGAGCGGCGAAGGCGUCAGCAGGAACUUAAGGUGCAACAGGAGAUCGAGUGGAAGGCGUUUCAGGACGCAAGAGAGUGCUGCCGCAAGGAUACCCGCUUAUGCGCGGCGAUGGAGGAGAUUCGCUUGAAGGAGGCCCUCCACAGUAGGUACAGCGAGUUGUGUAGAGCGCACGAGGAGGAGAUGCAGGCGUACUCGGCAAGGGUUGAGGCUGAGGAGGCGCAUCGGUCUGUGACGUUGGCCCCAGCUUACAUGGAGACGCAGGCAAAAGCAAGCCGUUUGGCAGCCGCGGGCCGCUACGCCGAGGCAGCUCGACUGAAGGCGAUGACUUCAUACUUGGAGGGGGAUGCGCAUAACGCUGCGGAGGAAAAUAAACGACAGCUAGUGGAGGGGAAGCUUCGGGAAAAGCAGAAGGAACUCGAGAAGCGGAGCCUCGCAUCGUAUCGGAACGUGCUCGUAGCGCAGCUUUGGGCGCAGCAGGGCUUGAGUGAAAAAAAACGCGCUGUGGAGGCGAACUGGCAGCACAAGGCCUCUGAAAUGGCAGUAUCGCAUUAUAACCAGCGACGUGCAUUGCACCUGCCACUGUUAGACACCCGCGGUUGCAGCAAAACUGAACAGCUUAGGGUGUCUCGUGGAACUCAACUCAAGCAGAAGGUCAACGGAGACCACUACUACGUGCCUUCACUUUGCAACUUGUAUGGUGGUCUUCUUGAGCGGGAGUAA